AGAGCCCAUUUCCUCACCAGCCUUCCUCAGUCAAAGUAUCUCUCCCUCCAUCUACAACUGCCACACACGUGCCCACCUGCCUUAUUUGCCUCGCUGCUCACAAAGGUAAUAGGUGACCAUUCCAUCCCAUCAUGACGGGAAAUUCCAGCCGGACGCAGCUCGAUAACGCCACCCUGUCACUGUUCCAGGAUGUGAACACCAGCACUAUCAUAUCUGUUAUAUACAUGCUUGUCACUGUCAUCAACUGGGUGGGAAAUGGUCUCUCAAUGUGGCUCCUGCUGUUUCGUACCUCCCCGAAAACGCCCUCCAUCAUAUUCAUGAUUAAUCUAACUCUCACUGACUUGGCUCUUGGCUCCGCCCUCCCCUUUCAAAUCGCCUACCAGCUCCUAGGAUACAACUGGAAAUUGGGGUCUCAUAUGUGCAGCUUCAUGACCCUCGUUUUCUACGCCAACAUGUAUUGUUCUAUCCUGACCAUGAUGGCCAUCGGCAUUGACCGCUACCUGGGCAUCGUGAAGCCCAUGAUGUUCCGGAAGAACAAGAAGAGAAAGUCUGUUGCUGUCAUCAGCUGCCUUCUGAUGUGGGGUUUGGUCCUGGGUGUUUUGUACCCUCUUAUGACCACCGACCUGACCUUUGAGGUCCCAGAGCUCAAGAUCAUCACAUGCUUCGACGUGCUGAAAAAAAACAUGCUGCCGACCGUGGGGGCCUGGGCGGCUUUCCUGUUCAGCAUGGUGAUUCUUCUCUUCCUUUUUCCCUUUUGUGUCACAAUGUUCUGCUACAUUAGUGUCAUAUACAAGCUGUCCAAAGAUUCCAAGACUGUCCAGAAAGGGAGAGCCAUACGUCUGGCUGUUGUUGUUCUGCUGGUCUUCGUGAUCUGCUUCGCUCCCAACAACAUCCUCUUAUUGGCUCACAGUGUCCUUAGGCUCUUCUAUGAUAAGUCUUUGUACAUGGCCUAUAAGCUUUCUCUCUGUUUUAGCUGUCUGAAUAGCUGUUUGGAUCCUUUCAUUUAUUACUUUGCUUCAAAAGACUUCAGGCAGAAGCUCAGAGAGAUAAUGAAUCUGCAGAGCCUGAGUAGUGCAGACUCUAUAAGGAUGGAGAACAAAGAGACUUUGUACUCUGGAUAAGCGGAUUUAUAAAGUGAGGAAACAUAUUCAGGUGCCUUUAUGAUGCCGUAACUACCCUAACAAACCAAAAACUAAAGGGAGACUUGCGAAAGAAAACAAGUGACUAAAGGAAAGGAGGGGUUUUGAGAUCUUGCAACAUUCGUUCUUGGUCCAUAUUGCAAAAUCUUCAUACAUAUGUCUCUUCCUUUACCAAUAGCUUUUAAGGUUUAAGCUGUUGCACAGUGACUAAAAUGUUAUUGGUCCAAUUGUAGUUUGAGAGUUUUCUCCAUUUUAAAUGUAAUCAAGUGGUUGGGAAAUCGUGGAGUCCCGCAAGCAUGUAUGUUGGGCCCACAGUCAUUUUGCUUGUUCACCAAUCAUCAGCAAUUGUCACCUGAUAUCUGCAGAUGUUGCAGUCACACACACAAAAUAGCAAUGAUGACUGAGCGGCUGCUAGGAUUGUUGCAGAAAAUGGGCAGUCUCUCAGUUUACAGUGACAGAAUGUAUUUUACAAAAAUCCUAUGAAAGAUCCAUCCAAAUAUUGGCAUUAUAUUUAUAUAAAUUGGGCUGAACAAGUAUGGAUGUCAAAAACUGUUUGUAUGUUAGUACAAUGAAAUAUAAUGUAACAAACAUGAAGGUCAGAAAUGAGACAUCUGUGUCCAUUAAUCCUUGCCUGGCUUACUGUGAUAAAGCAACUUCAAACCCCAUAACAUCACUCUAUAAUCAAGCUCUAUAAGACCAAUUCUUUUCACUAUUUCAUGAUCAUACUUUCUUAUAAACAAACUCCGUAUUCAGACGGUUGGCUUGCUUUUUAAUAUGUUCAAAAAUAACUUAUUUUUGAACAAAUAAUUUGUUAUUUGUUCAAAAACGACAUUGUUGUUUUACCAUCUUUUAAUUGUUGCUAAAAUGUCACAACUUUUCCCUGCUGCUGUUGUUUUUGAACAACGUUCAGUGAGAUCCUCAUUUGCUGAGUGUAGAAUCUUGCUAUUGAAUACAUACUAACCAAAAUAAGAUUUUGAACUUUUCACGUGACAUGAACCAAUAGGAUUAGCUGCUGUACAAAUGAAAGAGUGAUAAACAUCAACCAACAGCAUGUGCUGAUAUUGAACGUCACAUCAUGUCUGUUAUUUUUACAAAAAUAUGUAGCAUCCAAAACUGUGAACUGUUGUAAAAAUGUACAUAUUAUGUUAGCCUUAACAUCCCCAAAUAAGUUUUAGCUUCAGGUUGUUGUUAUUUUUUAUCUGUCUAUUAAGAUGUCAGUGCUAUGUGCUGUAUAAAUGUAUGAAAUUGACAAUAUUUUCCUUUCGUUUUAUUAAAUGAUUUCCCCUCUGUUUUCAAGA